UGCAUUCUCUAAAUUAGCUUUAUUAAUUAUAUUUAUAUAGUUAUAUAUAAUGUUAAUUCUUAAGUGACCUGCUGUAAGUUGAAAUACGGUUCGGUUAGGGGAACCUGAUAGCAGAUUACCGAAUGUGCACUUAUGGACCCUGGAUCACAGGAUCACCAGCCGCAGACCAUCGCUCACACUCCAUGUGCUACUCCAGGUGGCUGGUGUUCCACGUGACACCCCACCAACUCCCACCUACACCUGCCAAGUCCACCAAAUCCACCAUCCACCCGUCGGCACCUGCCAGAUCUCAGUCGUCCCCCCGCAGCUGCCCCCGCAGUCAGAACCCGUAUUUAAACCCUAGCACGGGACCAUACCCGUUUUCGGAGGUGUUUUGGUGGGUAGAUGCCCAAUUAAGCCGAGAUGGUGCACCAAACGGGACAAUGGACGAUGCCAGACCAUCGCGGGUGGGGAGCUCGACGGUCCAGGGCCUGUUGGUCCAUUUACUCUUCCUUUUCGAGCAAUUGCCCUAUGCUCACAAAUUUCCUAAUUAGGAAGUAUCUAUCCUGUCGAUAAAAC